CUCGUCCCGUUGUGUUGUGACAGGUAACAACCCUUCCCGUUUCGUUUUGUCAAAAGUGUUUCAUCAGUGUAGGAACUCGAAAAUCUGUAGGGACGUCCUUACAAGACCUUUUCGUUUUCUUCUCCCUCCUGUCUUGUCGUGAGAAACAGCAUCCAAUCAUACCUCUACUCACCACCACAUCAUGACGAGUAGUUCCUUCCCUCAUCGCCCGCCAGGCGCGGACGAGGUCGGUCCCGGUCGAUCCGUCGACGACCAUGCCCUCAACCCAGCAGUACCAACAACAACAGACUACCAAACUAUAACAAAGCCACCACAAACCGCGAACCCAAACCCAGAUACCAAGCUCAAAAUGCCAGAAACCGCCGCCACACGAAAAGCACAAGUCGUCCCCCUCCUAGGAAGCCACGACGAACCCGAACCCGAAGCCAGCAGCAGCAGCAGCGCCGCAAGCAGCAGCCGACCAUCAGAUGAAAACCAGCACAACACCUCCAUCGACUCCCUCGCCCCUCUAACCCCCGGGCUGAUCCCCGCCAACCAACACCACAACUCCUCCUUUGUUGAGGAAGACGAUCUCACCACGGGAAAAUACGCCCUCCGCUCCUGGCUCACCGUCCUCGGCGCCUGGCUGGCCAUCUUCUCCUCCUUCGGACUCCUGACGGUGCUGUCGAUAUGCCAGAACUACGUGUCUGCUGGGGACAACGAGGAGCAAGUGGCGAGCAUCAGCGAAGGGACGCUCGCUUGGGUUUUCUCCCUUUACUUUGUGGUUAGUCUGGGGUUGGGGAUGUACGUGGGCCCGUUGUCGGAUCGGUUUGGGGCGCGGUGGAUGGUUCUGUCUGGGACGGUGUUUUUGGGGGUGGGGAUGGUGGUUUUGGCUUGUAGGAGUGAAACAUGGGCCAUCCUCCUCGCCUUCGGCAUCCUCUCCGGCCUAACCUCCACCUUCCUCUUCAUCCCCUCUCUCGUAACCAUCCACCAAUUCUUCAGCCGCUCUCCGCGCUACUACACCUUCGCGACCAGCCUCGCCACCACCGCCGGUCCCACCGCCGGCAUCGUCUUCCCCUAUGCCACUCGCAACCUCUUCCAUGAGGUCAAUUGGCCAUGGACCAUCCGCACCCUCGGUCUGAUCUGCUUCUUCCUGGCGGUGAUCGCCAACUUCCUGAUUCGCUCUCCUCCUUUUGUGCCGACGUCCCCUGCUUCAUCUUCUUUGGGGAAGAAGGGGAAGAAGUCGCGGACUCCUUCACCACCACCUGGCUCUUCUGCCUCCUCGGCCUCUUCUUCGGCUUCUGAUAAUUCUACGACCCCCAUGGUGGUCGGCGGGCCCUCGGCUAUCAUCACCCCCUCAGCAUCAGCAAGACCAGCCCUAGUAGGAAAGCUGGCCUCUGCCCCCCACCCCUCCCUCACCCCCUUCUUCUUCUCUUCCCCCUCCUCCUACACCCUCCUCUUCCUCUCUCUCCUGCUGAUCCACCUAUCAAUCUACACAACAACCACCUACCUCUCCGCCACUUCCCUCUUUUCCCAAGGUUAUUCGCACAGCUUUACUUUUCGGACUAGCACUCUCGUAGUAAACAUUUCCUCCAUUGGCGGUCGGUUACUCGCUGGGCUGCUGGCUUCUGGUUCGCCGUUCUGGUCAUCUUCUUCUGCCUCUACUAAGCCCCCCUCCAAGGCCGGCGGGAUGUUGAAAGGCUUGGGGGCAUUCAACACCACCAUCUUGUUCUCCCUCCUCGCCACCCUCUCCCUCCUCGCGGUCCUGCUACCACCAAUCCUGCACCCCGGACGAGUGGGCAUGUCCCCCAGUCGCUUCACCGCUUUCGCCGUCCUCUUCGGCCUCUCCAGCGGCGCUGUUUUGGGGUUGGAACCCGUUUUGGUUUCCCUUGUCUGCGGUACCAACAACAACAACAGCAAGACUCAAUUUGGACAGUACUUCGGCACUCUGUAUACCAUAAUCAGCCUAGCAAGCAUAGCCGGCAUCCCCAUCGGCUCGCACCUCAUCAACGCCUGCCGGGGCAUGUACUGGGGACUGGUGGUGUUUGUUGGUGUCUCCUUUGGGGUGGGCAUGUUAGGCCUUUUGCUGGUACGCCGAAGUGUCGUCAACCAGACAGGGGAUAAUAAGAAGGGGAAGAAGAGUGCAGCGGCGGCGGCGGUAGCGGGUGAUGACGAAAGGAUUGAUGACGGACUAAGGGGGUUCGAGUGGAAGAAGUUGUCGUUGUGGAAGGAGAGGAAGACUUGGAGUGAGUUGACAGAAAGGGUGGGGAGGAGUUGGGGGGAGGUUUGGGGUUUGGAGAGAGUUUAA